CUCCUCUUCCCCUCACAGACCUCCUCCUCAAUUGCGGCUUGUUCAGUGAGUGUGUGUGGAGGAGGAAGGGGGUGGGUGGGGGUUCAGAGGAAUGUCUGCUUGUGUGUGGGGAAAAGAGGGGUCUCUGUUGAGUGUGUUUGUGUGGACUCUAUAGCAAAAUUAAAGAUGUGUAUGUGAACUUAUUGAUGAAAGUGUGUUUUGCUGCUGUGUUUACUCCAAUGGGGCCCUGCUGCCUGUCAUACAGUGGAGAGUAUAUACUGGAGAAGUUCAGGAGAAGAUGAUGAAAAAAGGAAAUCUGAUUUACCUUUACUCUCAUUGUGUGUGUGUGUGUGUGUGUGUGUGUGUGUGUGUUUGAUCUGUCUUAUUAUAAAACUGAUUUGAAGGUAAAAAAGCUUCAAAAGGGUUUAAAAAUGUGAAGCAAGGAGAUUGAGAAUGACACUGUACUGAAACUCAGAAACCAGGAAAUGGAUUGUAUACUUACAAUUUAAAAUUUAUAGAAAAAUGCGUGCACACACACACACACACACACACACACACACAGCUCAACGUGUAGAGCAGCAGGAACACUGUAGGCUGUGUAUGGCGGCUCUGCUUCACUUCCGCACCAUAAAUGUGUGUUUGCUAUACGAGGGAACACGGAUAGAAAAGAGGAAUUCAUGUCGGUGUUUAUUUGAGCUUUGGCCAAAUCCAACCUGGGGCAGCAGCACUGGCACGCGCUCGGCACCAAACCCCAGCCGCUCCUGUACCCCCAGCCAGACACGCACAUACUGUAACCCACUGGGGGACCGGUGCGCACACACAACAAAAAUUUACCACCUUCACAUACACACUUACCUGUCCAUCCUAACCAUAUCAAGGUGUGUUUGUCUUUCCCUGCCCACCGUUUUAGGUCCUCCCAGAGCAGGUAUUUCCUUCUCUUUCCCACAGACGCACACUCAUCCGUGCACACACUGCAGCUUUAGAGGGGGGCUGUCUGUGGGCUGAGUGUGUGAAGCUCGUGCAUUGAUAACCUGCAGCUCAGAGUCGCUUGGUCUCACUUUGUGGCCGUGCCCAUCGCUUGGAGCUCCGCUUCGCUUUCUUUUCUGCUUCCCAACUCUAGGACCGUCUGCGGCCACGCUCGGACCCCCCGCCUUUGUCACCAUGAUGCCCAACCAGCCGUUGUUCCUGCUGUUGCUUGGCCUAAUAGGAGCCCAAGCUAACUUAGACCUUCGCACAGCCGCUGCCAUGGCGGCAGGUUUGUGCAAAGCCCGUCCCACCGACCUCGUGUUCAUCAUCGACAGCAGUCGCAGUGUUCGCCCCUCAGAGUUUGAGCAAGUUAAAGUCUUCCUGGCAAAAGUCAUCGAGGGGCUGAAUGUUGGACCCAGCGCCACUCGUGUGGGAGUUGUCAACUAUGCCAGCCGCGUUAAGAAUGAGGUGUCUCUGAAGACCCACCGCACCAAAGCCGGGCUGAUCAAGGCUGUGACCAAAAUUGAGCCGCUGUCCACCGGAACCAUGACUGGCCUGGCCAUCCAGUUUGCAAUGAAUGUUGCCUUCAGUGAGGCUGAGGGCGCUCGUGCAAAAUCUUCUGACGUCGGCAAGGUUGCCAUUAUUGUGACAGACGGGCGUCCCCAGGACAAUGUAAAGGAUAUAGCUCAACGUGCACGAGACGCCAGCAUUGAGAUUUUUGCCAUCGGUGUGGGACGCGUGGACAUGAACACUCUGAGGCAGAUGGCCAGCGAUCCUCUGGAUGACCAUGUGGACUAUGUGGAGAGCUACAGCGUUAUCGAGAAGCUCACCAAGAAGUUCCAGGAGGCCUUUUGUGAAGACCUAGUGUCUGACCUGUGUGCCACUGGGGAUCAUGACUGUGAGCAGGUAUGCAUCAGCACCCCAGGAUCAUACAAGUGUGCCUGCAGAGAAGGUUUUACCCUCAUGGACAAUGGUCGUAGCUGCAGUGCUUGCAGCAACUCCGCAACAGACGUUGUGUUUCUGAUCGAUGGCUCUAAGAGCGUGCGUCCUGAGAACUUUGAGCUGGUCAAGAAAUGGAUCAACCAGAUCAUCGACAAACUGGACGUCAGUGAAAGCAAGGCUCAUGUCGGACUGGUGCAGUACUCCAGCACAGUCAAACAGGAGUUUCCCUUGGGCCGCUACAACAACAAGAAGGACCUCAAAGAAGCUGUGAAAAAGAUGGCCUACCUGGAGAGGGGAACCAUGACAGGCCAGGCUCUCCGUUAUCUGGUAGAAAACAGCUUCAGCUUUGGUCAGGGUGCCCGGCCUGGAGUCACAAAGGUGGGCAUCGUCUUCACCGAUGGGCGCAGUCAGGACUACAUCGGAGAUGCUGCCAAGAAGGCCAAGGAAAACGGCUUUAAAAUGUAUGCUGUCGGAGUGGGCAAUGCAGUUGAGGACGAGCUGAAAGAGAUUGCCUCUGAGCCAACCGGAGAGCACUACUUCUACACUGCCGAUUUCAAGGCCAUGAGCCAGAUUGCCAAGAAGCUACAGAUUAACGUCUGUGAUGAUGACCCUUGUGAGUGCGACUCCCUUGUAAAGUUCCAAAAGAAAGUUGAAGCUGCCCUACAGGCUCUAACAAAAAAACAUAUCCUUUAUGACAGAAUCUUACUAGAGAGCAUGUCGAAGAGGAUCGCCUUGCUGGAGAACAAAAUCGUCUAA